GUGUAUCAAACACCCAGGUAGGAGAGGUGCAUACACCUUCUGCGAGCUUGCCAGAUCCACGGCGAGCUCAACGAGCGGGCAGUUACCUUUCCGUUCCGAGACCGCGAGGAUCUACCUCCUUCCAUACUGUCCGAGUCCAACUGUGAUCACUGGGUAGCUCGAGAGAAACGAGCAGCCCGAGGAUGACGCCGGUCCCGUUUGCGUGCGCUAUUUUCAUCGCAUUCUUAUGCGAGGUGCGAGCGAUCUCGUCGUCCUGGCGACCGAUCGCCGUGCCUGGCCAUGCCGACGGCGCAGGUAUACUGCAUCAGGAGGCAUCGAUUUUCGGAAACGCGCCUACGCAGACGCUCUACGACGUGGACAGUCCUCAUCAUCUGCUGCUGCCGCACGACGAAGAGACGUGCUCUCUGUAUAAGAUCGUCAUGACCCAGCAGCUAUACUUCGAGUACAUCCAUUACAAGGUGGAUCUGCCGAACAUGAAGGAGUUCACUCUCUGCAUGUGGACCAAAUUCCACAAUCACUCCAACGACCAUCCCCUGUUCUCUUACGCAGUCGGCGACCAGCCACGGGGGAUACUGGCGUGGGUCGCGAACACACCGAGGAGUUCUUACUUCAUGCUCAACGUCAACGGUCACAACUUGUUCAGAUUGAAUUAUCCGCUGAGACUUAACAAGUGGUACCAUUCCUGCCAGAGCUGGAACGGCCGCACCGGGGAAUGGCAGAUCUGGGUCAACGAUGAGCGCGUAGGUCGCGGGUUCAACAACAGGUUAGUCGGACACAUUAUCAAAGGCGGCGGAAUCGCCAUCUCUGGGCAAGAGCAACGACAGCUGGGUGGUGGUUUCUUGGAGGGCGAAGGCGCACCACCGGGUUCCGGUGGUUAUUUAGGGGAACUGACAAUGGUGCAGCUCUACAACGUUGCUCUGACCGCGGGCAAGGCGCACAAAGAUCACAAGCACCAUCAUGCCCAUCAUUACGAACACGACACGAGUAAUAACACGCCGAGGACCACCACGCGAGCGCCUGUAACCGGACCGCCCUUACCGCCGCAUCCCUUCCUCACGGGGGGACAGAUCAAUACACAAGUGAAGAUCAAUCCGGGGGCGUCGAUACAGGUCGUACAAAACGGCCUGACCAUUCGUCAUCCGGCAUUACCGCCACAUCCGGAAUCACCCCCGCAGCCUCUCCCGCCCUUGAAUCUCGACGUUUUCACGACACCCUUCCCCGCACUGCCGUCACAGUUUGUCAAUAAAUUCCCGACGCAGCAACGGUUACCCGUUGCUCCUGGAUCGACAUCGAUCUUCGCGGACGGGCCCUUCCAUAAUCUCUUCAAGAGAGAGAAAAACAGCUCGAGGAAGCGAGACAUCAAGGAUGAAACGGUGAUGUCGAGUCUGACCGAAUCGAAGAAAUCGAUCGUAAAGCGAGACGCUGGGAAAACUUUAAAAGAAACUAGUAGUUCCGACGAUAAGGUAACUUUCGUGCCAAAAACGGAGAGCGUGGAUGAUAAGAAGCUGGGAAAACGUGAGGCGGAGAAGAAGAAGAGAGGACUGCUACAGCUGGGCGACGGGUCGAUCCUCGAUGAUGGAUAUUUCAUUUCUCAAGGCUUGGACGAUGAUUACUUCACGGGAUUGACGAAUUACGGGCUUCAAUUGACGAAGGGGGUGGAUGAGGAAGACGAGCGAGAACCCGCCGAGGGUGAAGUCAGGCAAGUGAUGGACCUCUGCGACGGAUGUGCCGAGGAACCGUUUGGCAAGGCAUUGGUCAUCGGCUGGAGAACGGUGUCCAAGAAGCUCUAUUCCGGCGCGUUGUUCUUGCCGGCUAUACCAGCGUGUAAAGCGUUCUAAUCACCAAUGAGACGACGCGGCCUAAUCACGCGCGAGGCGACACUUGCGUGGAACUCUCGCGGAAUUUAUUCGCGAGAGAUCCGACUCGCGCCGAAUAACGACGGUCGCCUUGAUGACGGUCGAUGAAACAUCGACGAACUCUCGAGAACCAGUUCCCAGGAACCUCACGCCAUGUUAUAGAUCGCUGAAUAUUUUUAGUCAUUACGAGGGAAGAUGUUUGUCAUUCACUGUGCCGAGACACGGGAUCUUUUGAUCUCUUUCUUCAUUGAUUCUUCUUUUUCUCUCGUAUCACGUCGUACUCCGAUAACGCAUUCGAUAUUUUUAGAUUUGUUUUAUCUAUCAAGCGUUACAGAUAUUCGGAGAUACGAUAUUGCCAUGAAAAAGUUUGCGCUUGGCAAAAAAAAAAAACAUCUUGCCCUAUAUUUAUUUGCAAUUUCUGUCCGAUUAAUUGUAUAAUGAUUAAGUCUGAAGCUUCCAAAUACUAUGAGAAUCCCCCUUUCGUGGUCAAUUAUAAUGAAAAAUAACUAUCUUCAUCAGUAAGAUAGCGAGAAGUAAGAUAGCGAGUAUAAAGAAUUUAAAAAAAGCUUUGAAUCAAAUAAAACCUGAAGAUAUUAGAAUUUUAAUAGGUUUUUUUUUACAAAGAGCAGUUAAAAUCAUUGAUGUUGUUACAAAUGAUCGGAAGUUUCUAAAGGUGUGGUGAAGGCGUCGUGGUGAUAAUUUAUACGUAAAAGUAGAAUUUAAUUAAUUAAUUAAGUAUUUCAUUAAUGAAGUAAAAUAUGUUGAUGUAAUAUGACAGUAUUAUAAUUCAAGAAACUGAUCAUAAAUAACAACGCUCGUUUUUAAUAACGGAAUACUCAUCGUGGUUUUAAGAUGUGUGCUGAUCGAUUGACCUCAGCGAAACGAAACGAGACUUAAUUGCACGACGGAAACCGCCUUGAUCGAUCAGCAACGUAUGUCUCGGUCGCUUAAUUAAACUCAAGACUUAGCUCUAAUGUAUGCCGAAUGUAUUUUGUGUACAUGUGACGUAUGCCGAAUAAAUUUUUAUAAAUCGUU